CGGCGCUCCUGACCACCUCCGCAGUCCAGCCACCGGCCUUUGGUUACCUGGCCUUUUAUAAUGCGCGUCUAAAGUAUAUUCAGACCCAGAAGCUCAAUUCUGGAACGCUCUAUGAUCAGGCAGUGCGUUGGGCACCUAAAUAAAGCACUCCCUCCUCAGGGGCCCCUCCCUUCGUGCUGCGUCGCAUAAGCGCCGGCCAAUCUUGAAAGCCCCCAAGAGGCGGACCCUCUGAGAGCUGGGUGCUGAACGGUAGAGGCCUGAGUGCCAGCCCCUCUGCCAGGAGCAGAGCCUGGGCUCCGCCGCUCCUCUCUGCCCCAGAGGGGAUGCAGCUCCAGGAAGGUGAAUUAUACUUUAAUGUAUUACAGGUUGUAUAUUACGGAUGGAAACUGUUAAAGUUUAUAAUGUCAAAAACUUUUCUUAGACCAAAGGUAACUUCCAUGAAGGUGACAGACUGGGUAGAUCCAUCAUUUGAUGAUUUUUCAGAAACUACAGCCUUCUCUGCUGUUCCUGCCACAUCUUUAGGGGUGAAUAACUCAAGUCACAGAAGGAAAAAUGUGCCUUCCACAUUAGAAAGCAGCAGAGCCCCAACUAAAAAAAGAGGAAAUCUGUCUUCCUUAGAACAGAUAUGUGGUCCAGAAAAUUUCAAAGAAUAUUUGUCUGAAAAUGAACCAUGGGUAGAUAAAUAUAAACCAGAAACUCAGAAUGAACUUGCUGUACAUAAAAAGAAAAUUGAAGAAGUUGAAAAUUGGUUAAAAGCUGAAGUCUUAGAAAGGCAACCAGAACAGGGUGGAUCUAUUUUAUUAAUAACAGGUCCUCCUGGAUGUGGAAAAACUGCUACUAUAAAAAUACUGUCAAAGGAAUAUGGCAUACAAGUGCAAGAGUGGAUUAAUCCUGUUUUACCAGACUUCCAAAAAGACGAUUUCAAGGAAAUAUUUAAUUUUGAGUCAAGUUUCCAUACAUUUCCAUAUCAGUCUCAGAUAGUAGUGUUUAAAGAAUUUCUACUAAGAGCAACAAAGUAUAACAAACUACAGAUGCUUGGAGAUGAUCUAAGAACUGAUAAGAAGAUAAUUCUGGUUGAAGAUUUUCCGAACCAGUUUUACCGAGAUUCUCAUGCAUUACAUGAAGUUCUAAGGGUGUAUGUGCAGAUUGGCCGAUGUCCUCUUAUAUUUAUAAUCUCUGACAGUGUCAAUGGAGAUAAUAAUCAUAGGUUACUAUUUCCCAAAGAAAUUCAAGAAGAGUGUUCUAUCUUAAACAUUAGUUUCAAUCCUGUGGCACCAACAAUUAUGAUGAAAUUUCUAAAUCGAAUUGUAACUAUGGAAGCUAAUAAGAAUGGAGGAAAAAUUAUUGUACCUGAUAAAACUUCUCUGGAGUUGCUCUGUCAAGGAUGUUCUGGUGAUAUCAGAAGUGCAAUAAACAGUCUCCAAUUUUCUUCUUCAAAAGGAGAGAGCAGCUUAUGGCCAAGGAAGAAAGGAGUGUCCUUAAAAUCAGAUGCUGCACUGUCAAAAUCAAAGCGGAGGAAAAAACCUGAUAAGGUUUUUGAAAAUCAAAAGGUCCAAGCUGUUGGUGGCAAAGAUGUUUCUCUCUUUCUCUUCAGAGCUUUGGGGAAAAUUCUGUAUUGUAAAAGAGCACCUUUAACAGAAUUAGAUUCUCCUCGGUUGCCUUCCCAUUUGUCAGAGUAUGAACGAGAUACACUACUUGUUCAGCCUGAGGAAGUAGUGGAAAUGUCACACAUGCCAGGAGAGUUAUUUAAUUUAUAUCUUCACCAAAACUACAUAGAUUUCUUCGUGGAAGUAGAUGAUCUUGUGAGAGCCAGUGAAUUUCUCAGUUUUGCAGAUAUCCUUAGUGGUGACUGGAAUACACGCUCUUCACUCAGGGAAUAUAGCACAUCUGUCGCGACUCGAGGUGUGAUCCAUUCCAACAGAGCCCGGGGGUUUGCUCACUGCCAAGCAGGGGGAUCAAGCUUUCGACCAUUGCACAAACCCCAGUGGUUUCUAAUCCAUAAGAAGUAUCGGGAAAACUGCCUGGCAGCAAAAGCACUUUUUUCUGACUUCUGCCUACCAGCUUUGUGCCUCCAGACUCAGUUGUUACCAUAUCUUGCACUCCUGACCAUCCCAAUGAGAAAUCAAGCUCAGAUUUCUUUUAUCCACGAUAUUGGAAAACUUCCUCUGAAACAACAUUUUGAAAGGUGGAAGAUGGAGGCCCUGGCCGACAGGGAGCACGCACUGAUGGACCCGGACAGCGGAGAUGAGGCCUUGCUGGGCAGUGCGGCACCCCCUGCCCGGGAUGGGGAUGGGGAUGUGCCGCGGGAGCCGCACCCAGCCGCCCCGCUGGAAACGUGGUCUCUGCCCUUGAGUCAGAGCAGUGGAAGCGAGCUGCCGGCCAGCCAGCCCCAGCCCUUCUCCUCGCACCUGGACACGGAGGACGACGACUGCGUGACCAUAGAAGAGUAUGACAGUGAGGGGACAUAGGGGCCCGCCUGUCCCGCUGUGUGCCGCCGGAUUCGUUGGCACUUUCUUCGGUGGGAUCGGAACCAUUUGUGUUUCUUCGAUGAACUGCAAGCUGUUGUUCUUCCUCUUGAAUUUCAUCACGAGCACCUGGCUCCUCUGCAGUCCUGGAGUGCGAGGGAGCUCAGGCCUCCAGGCGCUCUCAGUUCUCUAGUAUUUAUUUAGUCCUGUGACUGGGUUAGGGAGAGGUGUUAAGCGUUUAUGCCAAACAUCAGAAAAUGUGAAGGAAGACCCUAGAACACAAAAGCAGUGUGGAGUGUUGUAAAUGGACCACAGUGUAGGAUGCAAAUGAGUAUACAUAAGUGUUGUGCCUUAUUUACAAUUUGUCUCCAUCUUCUCAGAUACCAUUUUUAUAUGAUGUACAGUGCAGUGUUUUAGAUGCUUUGGAAAGUAUGUAAUAAUUUAUAUCAAGAUUAAAA